CCGGGGCAGCGGGGCGUAGGAUCGCGGCUUUCGCUCCCCAGAAAAUGCUGGAUCACAGUCAUACGGGGCAUAACGGCAGAACCGGUCGGCGAUGCCGGCUCCGCCCUGCAUGAGAUUCAACCCGGCGCCCUUCCCGUUUUUCCCCACGCCUUCCACGUGGGAGCGCAGGCAGGGCUGUCGUCUUCUGGGCUUCCUGCCACUUUCUAGCGCCAGUGCGCUGCCUUCUCGUUCGCGGUUGAGAAGAGCAGGCGCGGCCGGGAGCGUCUCCGUCCUGAACAGCGCCCAUCUGUGGAAAACAAUCGGGUUUCUUUUUCGCCUCUGUUCUCGGAACCAAAGGGAGAGCUUUGGCCGCGAAGGGAUGCCUGUCUGGUGAUCCGGGGCUGGAAGCGGCAGGCCGUGAAAAAAGAAGGAGCGAGGGUUGGUAAAGAAAGAAGAGACGCGCCGGGAGCAACCUGCCAAAAUGUCUAGCAAGAAAGAAAAUGCACACAAGAAAUGGAGUGUCUUGAAAGAAAGGCUGGGUUCCCAGGAUUCAGAUCAAACAGAAGCCAAUCUGGAAAAUGCGGAGCCAGAGCUCUGCAUUCGUCUCUUGCAGAUCCCUUCGGUGGUGAAUUACUCGGGGCUCAAGAAACGGCUGGAAAGUAGUGAUGAUGGUUGGAUGGUCCAGUUUUUGGAACUCUGUGGACUGGAUCUUCUGUUAGAAGCCCUAGACAGACUGUCGGGGAGAGGAGUUUCUAGGAUCUCAGAUGCCCUCCUGCAGCUGACAUGCAUCAACUGUGUGCGGGCAGUAAUGAACUCUCAGAAGGGCAUUGAAUAUAUCGUGAGCAAUGAAGGUUAUGUCAGGAAACUCUCUCAAGCAUUGGAUACUUCAAAUAUCAUGGUCAAAAAGCAAGUGUUUGAACUCCUGGCUGCUCUCUGCAUUUAUUCAUUUGAUGGACAUGCACUGGCUUUGGAUGCUCUAGACCAUUACAAGACUGUGAAAAACCAACAGUACCGGUUCAGCAUCAUUAUGAAUGAGCUCUCGGUCACAGACAAUGUGCCCUACAUGAUAACACUCUUGAGUGCCAUCAAUGCAGUUAUAUUGGGAACAGAGGAACUGAAAGGGAGGAUGCAGCUCCGGAAUGAAUUCAUUGGUCUUCAGUUAUUGGAUAUUUUAAGCAAACUGCGAGACAUAGAAGAUGAGGACCUGCUUAUCCAGUGUGAGACAUUUGAGGAGGCUAAGACUGAAGAUGAUGAAGAGUUACUGAGAAUAUGUGAUGGCAUUGAUAUGAAUAAUCAUCAAGAUGUUUUCUCAUCUCUGUUCAACAAAGUGAGCAGCUCCCCAGUCUCCAUUCAAUUGCUGUCCAUUCUCCAGAGCCUCUUGCAUCUCGAACCAUCUCAUCGCUCCAGCCUGUUGCUCUGGGAAUCCUUAGAAAUGUUAGUAAGCAGAGCCAUCUUGCUUGCAAAUGACAUAGAAGAUAAUAGUGUGGAAGAAGUCAUGGAGAGAUUGUUGUCUGUCAAGAAGCAACCCAAGAAAAGAGAUUUAGGUUCCAGAAAAACAGCUAACAAGGUGAACGAAAGCACUCAGACCCAUGAAGAUCUGGGACAAUGCCCAAACACCACCCAGAGCUCUCCUCCAAGAACUUGCUCUUCCAACAUUCCAGCUAAUAUAGAGCCACACGAUGUGUCUAAGGUUGCAUCCUCCUGCUUUUCCGUCAGCUCAGCUUCACCAGAAUGGAAUCUAUCUUCAGCUGCUGCUCCUCUUCCCCUCCCAGGAACAUCAGACAUGUUGCCACAACAGCCAUCUCCUCAACCUGUGAUACAAAUGCCACCAUCAGUUCCCACAUUGCAUGAUGAAGCAACAAUCUCACCCUUUCCUCCUCUGCCUGGGAUGACAGGCAUUCCUCCCCCUUCCCUGCUGCCCAGUAUGACAGGGAUCCCUCCCCCUCCCCCUCUGCCCAUUAUGAUAGGAGCCCAUUCCCUACCUCAAAAUUCAGCUGGGCCACCACCACCUCCCCCGCUGCCCAAUAUGAUAGGCAUCCCUCCUCCUCCCCCACUGCCCAGUAUAACAGGGAUCCCUCCUCCUCCCCCACUGCCCAGUAUGACAGGGACCCAUUCCCUGCCCCUAAACUCAGCCAUGCCACCACCACCUCCCCCACUGCCAGGCGUGGUAGGGAUCCCUCCCCCUCCUCCACUGCCAGGCUUCAUAGGGAUUCCUCCCCCUCCUCCACUGCCAGGCCUGGUAGGGAUCCCUCCCCCUCCCCCUCUUCCUGGUACUGCAGGAGUGCCACCGCCACCCCCACCACUCCCAGGCAUGCCACCUCCUCCUCCCCCACUGCCUGGGAUGGAAGGGCUACCACCCCCUCCUCCACUGCCAGGCAUCCCACCUCCACCACCUCUAGGAGGCAAUGUAGAGGUAAUUGUCCCUGCCUGGGCCAACACUCUGAGCUAUGCCGCACCACCCCCUAAAAGAAUGAAGAUGCCAACACUAAGGAUGAAGAAGCUGAAUUGGCAGAAGCUGCCCUCCAAUGUCGUGAGAGAGAGUCACUCCAUGUGGGCAUCAGUAACAAGAACGAGUGAGGAAUCUAUUGAGCCGGAUUACUCUAGAAUAGAACAGUUGUUUUGCUUUCCACAAAACAAGCCCAAAUCAAAGGAAGUUGCGCCAGUGAAGGCAGAACCAAAAGAGAUUACAUUUUUAGAUUCCAAAAAGAGUCUUAAUUUGAACAUAUUUUUGAAGCAAUUUAAGUGCACAAAUGAGGAGGUGGUUAAAAUGAUUCAGGAAGGUGACAGAACAAAGUUUGAUGUUGAAGUGCUCAAGCAGCUUCUUAAACUCCUACCAGAAAAACAUGAAAUAGAAAAUUUGAAAGCUUUCAAAGAAGAAAAGGAAAAAUUAGCAAAUGCAGAUCAGUUCUAUCUUCUACUCCUUGGAGUUCCUAGCUACCAAUUGAGGAUUGAAUGUAUGCUACUAUGUGAAGAGACUGCUGUUCUGUUGGAGAUGUUGCAGCCCAAAGCAGAAACAAUAAGGAGGGCUUGUGAAGAUCUCAUUUCAAGCCAACGGUUGCCCGUUUUCUGUCAACUGAUUCUCAAUGUUGGAAACUUCCUAAACUAUGGAAGUCACACAGGAGACGCUGAUGGCUUUAAAAUUGGUACUUUGCUCAAGUUAACAGAAACUAAAGCAAACCAGACUCGCAUUACACUGCUCCACCAUAUAUUAGAGGAAGUGGAAAAAAAUCACACCGAUUUGCUUAAGCUUCCCAAAGAUCUUGAAUGUAUUUCAAAAGCAGCUGGAAUCAAUCUAGACGUGAUUCAUUCUGAAUCCAGCUCCAACAUAAAGAAAUUGCUGGAACUUGAACGGAAGCUGUCAUCCUCAACUGAAGAAGUGAAAGCCCAAUAUGGAACAGCCAUUCAGGAUAGCUUAACUGCUAACAGAAAGCUGGAGGAUGAGUUUGAACUCAUUGAAACUAAGAGAACGGAGCUUGCCAACUAUCUGUGUGAAGAUCCAAACAAAUUGUCUUUGGAGGAGAUAUUUAAUACUAUGAAAAUCUUCCGUGAUCUCUACAUCAAAGCACUAAAGGAAAACAAGGACCGAAAGGAACAAGCAGCCAAAGCUGAAAAAAGGAAGAAACAGUUGGAAGAAGAAGAAGCUAAGAGGCCAAAAGGGGAAGAUGGAAAAACUAUUAAGAAAGGAGCUGUGAAGCAAGAGGAGGUGUGUGUUAUCGAUGCUUUGCUGGCUGACAUAAGGAAGGGGUUCCAGCUACGAAAAACAACCAGGAACAAAAACGGCACAGAUACUCCCAUGAAAACCACACCUCAGAGAGGAAAAGUGAUUGACCAAAGCAUUCAGGAUGUGAAAGACCCAAAACAAGAUGAUUCAAGUACGCAAAAUAAUUUCCAGGACCAAGCAGAAAAUGCAAAGCCUUCAGAAGGGGCUACCACAAAUGAGAAAUCUGAGAUGGCUACUGACUCGUUGGAUUUACAGAAACCUCCCGAUGCCAUUGGAAAGGGUAUCUCCCCUCCAGCCCAGCCAGAUCCCAAAAAGGCUUCCUUACAUUCCUUUGUUUUGGAGAAAAAUAGAGAAGCCCCAAAUGGAACAAAUUUGCAAGAGGGAAAUGACUCCUGUUCCUUUCAGGAUGACAGUGACCAUGAUUUAGUGUUGUCUCAGUCCACUUCUUUUGUAAAGGUUACAAGUGGUAACUCAGGACAUUCAACCAGCCUGAAGAUUAAAGCUGAUGAGGUUGACUCAGGGGACCCAGCUAGUAGAACUGAACCUGAUGGUUCAUGGAACCAUUUAAAUUCAAAUGAUCAGGUAAACAGUAUUUGUAGAAAUGAUGACGCAGAAGAAAAAAUACCUGGAAACACCAAGCAGCUCACAACCUCUCGAGAAAUAGCCCUUGAAACUUUGGCACUGCCAGAAGCAUGUAAAGCCAAUGAAGACCUUUCCUCAGACUCCUUAUUAGACACGUCUCAGGAUAAAUCCUUCUCAGAAGAACCCGUAACUGAUUCUUCAUAUUCAGCAACAGUACCUUCAGAACAAGCUCAAGCUGGAAAAGAUGGCCAAAGAAGUUCAUCAAAGCGCAAGAAGAAAAAGAGGCACAGCAAGGGCCAUUCAACAGUGGUUGACACUGAUUUAAAAGCGAUGGUUGAUACUGGAGAUAAAAAAACAAAAAGAGUUUGUGAGAUACAGUGAGGUGGUGCAGCACGACAGAAAAAGUAAAAACAUGCUAUUCAGUGGCAUCAGCUAUUGAAAGAAGCCAUAGUAAUAGGGUGCAGCUAAAUUUUGUCUGGAGAUACUUGAUAGGGAGUAAUUAAUACUCAAAUAUAUGAUAUAACCAGACUUAAAAGCACCCUCAGCAUGUGCCUUACACAAAAUUCUUAUCCUAAAAUAAUUUUCUGCUGCUUUGGGCCAUGGAGUCAAUACCCAAUGGAUAAAAUUCUUCGACAUAAAUUGAAGGAGGUGUCACCUAAGACGGAGCUGGAAAAAGUUGAAACUAACACAGUCAUCUUUUGAAUUUAACACAGAAAAUAUUUGAAAGCUUUAUGGCACCAAUUUCAUCUUUAGAUAAUGUGUCAAUUCAGGAAAUAUGAUCCACCCAGGCCUGAUUUUGCAAAGAUCUAUGUUUGAGUUAACAUCCUUCAAUUUGAUUGUGCUAUACUUUACAUCAGGUUGAAGCAAACAAUUUUUGUGAUACUAUCAGAUACAUAUCACAUUCCUGUUUUUACACAAGACUUGCUACUCCAAGGAUUAGACAAAAGUGAGAUUUGUCUUAAAAGAAAAUUAGAAAAUAUCCUGAUACCACCUAUGUAGUUGACAGCCACCUAGUGGCAAAUGUAUGCAAUUACUGUCCAUAUGAACACAUGAAUUAGUCUACGUGUUUACCCUAUCCUCUUUCUCACUACACGCACUGCAACACUUCUUUUCAAGAAUACUUCUUCCCAAAGUAAUAUUAUUAAUGCAAUCCAUUUACGUUUUUUGUGAUGGUGAUAGUAAAUAUGUUUGGGGUGAGGGAUAUCUUUUUGUUGUUGCCUAUGUAUAACAUUUAAUGGAAAUAUUUUAGCGUUAAUAUUGGGAAUGUGAUUCCCUUUUAUCAUAAAAACUGAAGUAAUUUUUCAUAGUUUAUAAAUACUAUUGAGAGAAUUGCAGGUUUGUAAAUAGCUUCUCCCUUUUGUAUAUUCACUUAUAUGAAACUGAAGGUGUAGAAAUUACUUUAUAAGCUGAAUUUAGCAAUUAUAAUUUGGAAAGAAGAUACUGACUGAGAGAUAUCCUGCUGAAAUAAAACUAAUGCUGUGUUAUAGUGGGCUUUGCAAAGCUAAAUUCAAUUUCCUCCCCAAAUCUGUUGGGACAGUCCUCCCAAAUAUCCAGGAAGCAUGCCUUCUCAGGGUCUACACAUGAAAGGUUUUGCCUAUGUCGCCUAGAAUAAUGGGGAAUUACUCACAGGUCUAGAAGACACCAGGUUUUAAAAAAGCUAGCAUGGGUAUUUAAAACAAGAAGUUAACUUUUCCCAAGUUUUGGUUUAUCACAGAAUUUGAACAGAACCCAAGAAUGUAAUUGAGCCAGGUACCUUCACAGCAGUGUUUUGCAGUCUUGGCAUCUUUAAACUAUGUUGCUGGGGAAUUCUGAGAGUUGGUCCACACUGCUUAAAAUUAAUAAGAUGGAGAAAACGUGCUCCAGAUAUAUUGCACUACAACACCUGUAAAUAAGUAGGAAGUAUGAUGGUUCGGUGCCUUAAUGAUGCUGGAGACGGUUUCAGCUCCAGGCGUUCGAGCCCAAGCACUGCAUGGCAGAGUGAGCUCCUGUCACUCGCCUCAGUUCUGUCCACCUAUCAGUUCAAAAGCAAAUUCUAUGCAAGUAGAUAAAUAGGUACCACUUCUAUGGGGAAAUAUGCUGGUGCUCUGUGCAGAAGUCAGAUUUCUGAUGGUUCUAACCUUUCCAGUUGCCCAUUCGUGAGGCAGCUCUGGGAAGAGACGGGGGGCCUUGGAUGACACUGAAGGAAGAGCCACUCAUCUUUCUCUCUCGUGCAAAGCGAGCUUGCCCUCCUAUGAUGCACUUUGAGAAGCACACAAGUGUAUCCUAUAAUAGGGCUGGUACCUUGGCAAGCCAAACUACUACUCUAUAGUAUUGUGGUCUCCUGGUUACUGUAACAAUGCCAUACACUAAUAAUAAUAAUAAUAAUAUAAUAAUAAUAAUAAGUAGUAGUAGUAGUAGUAACAACAACAACCUGUAAUAGUAUAGUACAGUGGUUCUCAACCUGUGGUCCACGGACCCCUGAAGGGCUGUGAUGUCAUCACGAGUUCUGUGAAGGCUUGAAGAAAUGUUAUGAUUUACAUCUUGAGUUAAGUCUUGGUGGUCUGUGGCCACAAAAAGUAUUUAAAGGGAUCUGUGGUGAAGAAAAGGUUGAGAACCACUGGUAUAGUACAUCUAGAGGUCAUCAGGUUGAGGGAGGUACAUCUAGAGGGCAUCAGGUUGCUGCAAUUUUUGGAGAUGAUUAUGGGAGCAGUUUCUGAACACUGGAUACUACCUUCCUCCAGUCAUGUGAAAUUACAUAAUAGAGCAUGUCCUAUUUUCACCAUACAUAGAAGCAGUGAGCAGUGUCACAAAGUGAUAAAUAAAGGAGAUUGGGCUCCUAUAGUUGAAUCUUCUUACUUCUGCAUGCUGAUGUAGUUAUCAAAUUUUCCAUUUUUUUAACGGAAUUGUUUUCCUUACCAACCCAAGUCAACAAUAGUAGGUAUUUAUCAUCAUUUUGCUACUAUUAAAUCUACAGUAAGAUUAUGAAUGAGCCUUCUGAUGGUUCUACAGCAUAACAUCUCCAAGUUUAUGUUUAUGUGUGUAUUUACAUAGGUCACAUACACUUGGCACAAUAAACUUGAUUUCAUUUAACAAGUUUA